ACAGGAAGUUUAUGUCGCGUGAGUGGCGGACAAUAUUAGAACCUAUGUAACAUGUAGGCAACUUCAACAAACGAUUUAUGAAAGCAAGUUAUAGUGGCAAAUAACUAAAACGGACUGUCGACAGUUAAGGUCAAGAUUGUAACGACGAUCUAUGUUAAGUAGUCUAUGUUUUAGUCAUAAUCAAAUUGGAAUCCACUAAACCGCCCCUAAACUUGGUAAUCGUAUGUAGCGACCAGAACUGGGAUGUACACCUGCACGAAAGUGCUGACCAUGUCAGUCUCUUGAUAAUAUGGACGUGAUUUCAGAUAUUAAAGUCGCCAGACCGCAAAUCUUUCAUCAUAAUGAAACGAAGUAAAAGCGCUAAGGAAAUGAAGGAAGAAGAUGACUUGUGGGAUUUUAAGUCGUUGAAGCGUUCAAAGAAGGCACCAACUAAGAAAAACAAUGCUGAUUCAGCAGAUUCGAGACCCAAACGUACUGUAUCAAAAGUUGCUGCACAGCGCCUACAAUCUCAAAUAGAUAAUAGUGACAGCGAUGACAGUGACUGUUUGAUUGUCAGUUCACAAGGCCACGACCCUAAUAUGAGAGAGAGUCGGAAACGGGCAUUUUUGACAUCCAGUGGACCAAAUGAUCACCUAAGUAAAUCUUCUAUGGCAGUACAGAUGCAGCUUGGUGUAGAUGAAGGUGAUUCAAGCCAGACACUGCAAGCUUUAAAAUCUCCCUUAUCACAAAAAACUACAAAUGUGAAAACAAAACGUUCGACAAUAGGUAAAACCAAAAAUAAGGCUAAAACAGAUGUGAAGAAAGUUGGAAAGAAAACCACAAAGAGAAAAGAUCAGGCAAAGACAGACGAGAAGACAAGUCGAAGCUCUGGAGGAUACUGUCCAUUUUGUCAAGUUCCAUUUUCUGCACUGCUCCAUUUAUCUCCAAAUGCUCAUACAAUGGAAUGCAUGGACUUACCAUUUUUGUCUGAUACUGAAGAAUGCAAAAAUGGCGUGUGCUGCUUGAGUCGCCUCCCGUCUCACUACAGGAAGUACACUCAUAUACUGCUGGCAGAAUCAAGGGACACAACUCACAACAGGAAGUCAGCAGGUACUGAGUUUCCACCUGUCAAUCUCAAGCAAGAACUGAGUAGCUGUGAAGAUGUUAAACUCCACAUAUCCAAUAUGCAAGCCACACCCAAAUCUACCUCCUCCGAGAAGAGUGCUGCCUCCACCUCAUCUUUGUCGAAGGUGACAUCAACAUCAACCUCACGAGCCUACACUGAAAUUGAUGGUCUUGGGAGUGACGAGGUGGCAGAGGAUGUCAACCAUGGGGUUGGAGAAACUAGUUGUGGGAACCGACCCAGGAAAAACAUCACUGUUCCUGAGAAAAGCGCGCUACAUUAAGUACCAUGACUGAUGAUGAUGAAGCUGGUGGAUUCAUCGUGGCACAUGGCAGUGAUGAAGAGUCGUUGAAAGAGUUAACAGAGUUGUUGGCAGGAUCAGAAGAUGAGGAAGAUGGAGGCGAUAUCAACAAGGAUAAUGAUGAAAUUGAUUGUAAUCAGAAGGAGCAAUCUGAAAUUGACAAGGAUCAGAAUGAAAGUGACAACAAUGAAACUUGCAAUGGUUCAAGUUAUGAUGACUGGGACGCAAGGGUCGGAGAAAGCAUUGAAAUAUGUGAUAAUAUUAAAAUAAAUGAUGAUGAAAAGCUGAGCAUUAACAGUGUUACAAUUGAAGACAAACUGACCACAGGCCCAAGCUUGACCUCAGGAAAAGAGCCAGUGCCUUCUCUGGCAAGAAAACAGACAUCAAUAUUUAAUUUUUUUAGUCGACCAAGCAUUAAAUGUAACAAGGUUGAAACAACAAAAACCAGUCAAGCUGAUCCUAACUCUGAUAUUCAAGAAUUAAGGAAUGGCUUGGAGAGAAUUGCUUCAACCCCUCUGCUUGGUAACUCAAAGCCUUCGAAUAGGUUUGAUUUAAAAAGAUCAAAGACUCUUGGUGCUGAAGAUUUUCUGGUGAGGGCUCCAUAGAAGACUGCCUUUUGGCAAAGGAGGAGGGAGAAGCUGCACCCCGCGGUCUUAGAAUCAAGAGAAUCUGCCAGGCACUAUGCUGACGGUGGAUGCCUUCAGGCAUGGUGUGAUCCCAGGCUGCAAGGCGUACUUGCUGACCCACUUCCACUACGACCACUAUGGGGGCCUCACCAAGCACUUCAAGCAACAUCUGUACUGUAGCAAGGUGACCGGCAACUUGGUUCGGACAAAGAUCAAAGUGGAUCCACGGUACAUUCACACUCUUCCCCUGAACCAGCCAUGUGAUGUGGAGGGGGUGGAGCUAACUCUGAUGGAAGCCAAUCACUGUCCGGGUGCUGUCAUCAUCUUGUUUCGUCUCAAGUCUGGACAGACGUACCUCCACACUGGAGACUUCCGAGCUGACCCGGCAAUGGAGCUGUACCCACCCUUGGUCGGAACCAAGAUCCACCAGCUGUACCUCGACACCACGUAUUGUGAUCCUGUCUACACAUUCCCAUCUCAGUCGGAGGUGAUCAAGUUUGCUGUGUCUUUCGUGAAGAAGCAUGUUGAGGCUUGUCCUAACACACUGAUUGUGUGUGGGACGUACACCAUUGGGAAGGAGAGAGUGUUUUCAGCAAUAGCGGAUGCCUUACAGAGCAAAGUGUGUGUGAAGAGAGACAAGAAGGUCAUCAUCGAAUGUCUGGAGGACCAACAUCUUCAGAAGAUGGUCACUCUUGACCCCAAAGAAGCUAGGGUCCAUGUUCUGCCCAUGGGAAAACUAAAACCCAAUGAUCUCAGCGCCUACCUGAGUGAUCAGGCCAAGUUCAACAGCAUCCUUGCCUUGGAACCUACUGGGUGGUCGCACAGUAACAGAGUUGUCUCCCUUGACCAGAUUAAGCCCAAGUACAGCAGGAAUGGCAUUACCAUAUAUGGUAUUCCGUACAGCGAACAUAGCAGCUAUCUGGAGAUGAAACGCUUCACCCAGUUCAUCCGCCCAGACAGAAUACUGGCCACUGUAAACAACACUAACCCGGAGAGUCGCCAGAAGAUGAACAGACUCUUCAUGACUUGGUUGUCUGAAGUGAAGAAAAACAAUCCAGCAAAGCAGGAACCAGUACCCACAGAAAAACAGUCAGUCCUCUCUUCCUGGUUCAAAUAAAUGAUUUAACGUCACUUCAUUUUAUAUGAUGAGUCUUCAGAGAUAGAGAUGUCGCAAUUUUUGUAUUUUCAUUUUAGGAGGCCCCCAAUUUCAGUGCAAGA